CAUUUUCGCAUUACUCUAGCAACAUUCAAUUCUCUUGUUGCACGUUUGAGUAUACACCCAGCUUUUUCAUCUGAUGCACCCAAUGCAACACCAGUUUGGAAACAAAUUGCUAUUGUAUUAUGGCGAUUAGCUAAUAGCUCAGGAAUUCGGGUAUUGGAACAAACUCUUGGUAUAAGUCAGGGAUCAGUAAUUUAUUUUACAGAUCGGUUUUUAAAAACACUGCUGGAUUUGGUAAAGGAACGUAUAAAGUGGCCACAAGGUGCACGGUUAGCAGAAGUAACACAUGGAUUCGAAUAUGGUGAAUCAGGAUUUGAAAAUCGUAAACUACCUAAUGUCAUUAGGGCUAUGGAUGGAACACAUAUACCAAUUCAUCGACCUUCUAAAAAUGGAAUUCGGUUUAUAAAUCACAAAAAUUUUUAUUCUAUUAAUUUGCUUGGCAUUGUUGAUCACCAAGGACAUUUUAUUUUUAUACAUGUGGGAGAAGCGG